AUGAACACUCUACAACAGUUUGACGUUAUUAUUAUAGGGGGUGGUAUUGCAGGGUCAUCACCAAAUGCAAAAACGUUGAAAGUUGGAGAGUCCUUACCUGGAGAAGCAAAGAAUAUACUUCAGUCAUUGGGUGUAUUUGAGGGAAUAAAUAAUGAUGCAAUGCAAGGAAAACAUAACUUUUGUUACGAAAAUUGUUCAACAUGGGGUUCCGAUGAUUUACUAGGUUCAAAUACGAUAUUUGAAAUUUAUGAAACGUUACUUAAAACUGCUAAUUUGCAACAUGGACAAUUUAUUACGAUUAUGCGUGAUUCCAAAGUGACUGGUUUAUUUAUUUCUAAAGAUAUUAAUCAUAGAGAUACACAUUGGAAAAUUAAGAUUUCAAAUAUUGUCAUCCAAAUCAAUGGGAAAAUUCUCAUUGAUGCAAGUGGCCGCCAAUGUUGUAUCCGAAAAUGUUUAUCAAAUUUAAAACGUAACUCCUUCGAUAAACUGUUGGCCUUUGCGUGUUUAUUCGAAGCAGAUAAUGAUAUUUCAUGCAAAGUUGAUUCGAAUCAUUACACACUUAUAGAAUCUUGCGCUUUUGGAUGGUGGUACAUCAGUCUGUUGCCUAAUAAGCAACGAAUUGUUGUUUUCCAUACAGAUGAUGAUCUUCACCAGAUUAAUAGAAAUAUUAGAUUAGUUGAGGAAUUUAAUGAAUUCAUAAAGGAAACUACCGUAAAUUUUACAAGGAAUAUAAGCGAGCAUUCAUAUCGUCCCGUAGGGAAAAGAGUUAUGUGCAUGCCUGCAAAUUCAACAAGUCUUUCUCAAUUUGGGAUGCUUACAGCUCUAUAUAGUGCAAAACUUGGAGCAGAGGCAAUUUUUUUCCAAUAUUUUAAUGGAAAGGAAAUAACAAACAAAGAUAAUAGAAUCCAACCGUUGGAAGUAUAUCAGCAAUAUCUAGAGAAUACAUUUAAUAAGUAUAUGAGAGAGAAAGAAUUUUUUUAUAACAAGGAACAGAGAUGGAAUAAUGAAAUGUUUUGGAAACGAAGACAUAAAAAUCAAUCUUACCUAAAUAUUGCUGAUGAUAAAUAA